CUCAAGUUGUUUUUACCCUCAGCGACCCCACAGCACGUAAGUAGCCCCCCCCAAGGCUGACACUAUCACUAACCCGCACUUCAGCUUAAUUUUACGGUUGUCUCUGAGUAGUGGAGAGAAGACAGUACUACAUCAUGAUCAUUAUUUAGAUUUUCACCCUCCUCUUCACGGUUUUUCAUUGUGAUAGGCACUAACUGUCAACAAAAAUGGGCGGGCAAGAACAGCAGAUUGGUGGAGUCGGAGGUCCAUGUAGAGGUGAAGAUUACAACCUGCACCCGGAAGAUAGUGUUAAUGUACUACUGCAGCUGGACCACGAUCUUGCUCGCGCUGCUGAGCACAAGGACCACGUAGUGAAGACGCGAAAAAUUCUUGCAACGACUUCUACAGAAGUACACCACCAAGAAGCCGUUCGACCAGAAGAUUACAGAGACUCAGACGACGAAUUUACGAGCACCUUUCCCGCCCAGAAUCGCGUCCAGGAAGACCAUUCGUUGACACGAGAACUUGGGAACGGCAAUUGGAAUUGUGUUGCGGAACCAAAGACGCCAGGCACAGUUUCGCCCCUCUUGCUGACAACGACUCAAGCAACUACUUGUACUUCAUCUAGUCCCUCCCGACACCAAGCCACUUCGGGGGAUGAGCAAAAAUCGCACGACCACGACUCAGCUGCCAGCGACGGCGUCCAUCCUGGUGGUGUCAUGAUGUCUUCCAUCAAAUCUGCUGCCGCGAAGCUACAAGUGGAUGGCACGACAUCAAGAAAAAAGAGCAAAAAAAGUCUGAUCUGGUUUCCCGAACAGGAUGCUCAUGAUCUUGCACGACAGGCCCGGGACACGACCCAUAUUACCCAACCUGCUUCAGGACGACUGCCACUUCGUUCACCGAAGACACAUCCCUCCACCUUCUGCGCGCGCGUUCUCGAGAAGCGCGGCAUCUUUUUGGACGAGAAGGAGCACGAGGGAAAGCUUCGGGAAAUCGCGGAGUUUUUCGACCAACGUGUAGCGAAGUCGUUUUUGAAGCGUCAUAGGGUCGUUGCUACCUCAACAACUUCUACAGGACAAAUCGAUCUAGAUCAUGAGCAAUCCGCUCCACCAUCUGAAGACCUCAUCGAUGACUUUUACUUUACUGUGGAAGGCGACUGGCUCACGACGGACGAGGGGGAUGGUUUUGUGCGGUUUCACCUCCGAGAGGGGGAGGAGGAGGACUAUGCGGCCCCCGCAGUUUGUCAUGCGGAACACAAGGACAGUGACACACGAGUCCUGUACCGGCACCUGGCGUAUCUGGAGAAAAUUAAUAUCCCCAUGGUGUUGCUCGCGAAGCAACCCGAAAAGUACCCGCUCUUUCUCGAUGUCGACAUAUGGGCAGCCGCGGUUGCUGACGAGACAGAGAGAACCGCGACAGAGCGACCGAGUAAUUCAUCCGCUCCUCCCGCGUGUACAACUGGCCAGAAAGACCUUCCUGCUGUUCCUUCCUCAAGAACGACCCCCCCGCCAACAUCCCACUCUUAUCAAGUGUAAAAAUGUCUGGGUCUGGAAGAAUGCAUGUUUGUCAUGCUUGUCUGGCAUGACUCUUAAAUCUGUCAUGCACAUUGCCCAAGAAACGUUUUUUUCUGUCAUGCGGAGACGCAGUUUGUCAUGCAGAAUAGGCAACACCUACAAGCUCAGAAAUUUGUCAUGCUGAGCCAGCACUUGUGGCCUCCUUAUGCUACGCCACUCAGCAUCACAAGUUUCCAGACCCAGACAUUUUUACAUUUGAUAACUCUGUCUACGAAGCAACCCUUUGGACGGAGGAGAAAGAGAAGCAGUUUUUCCACCUGCUGGCUCAAGCGGUCGCGACGCUUUGCCCGGUAUGCAUUGCAAAAGUAUCGUACUAGUAUAAACUGCAUGACAAAUUUGCUCAAGAACAAAAAUGCAACUUGUGAUGCUGUUUUCCCUAUAGAAAGUAGAUCUGUUAUGCAUGGCUGCAAUUACUACGAGUGCGAUACUUUUGCACAGGAUACCCAGGCUCGCGCGUCGAUGACCACAGUUGGGAAGUGGAAUGCUUCUGCUUCCAGAGUCACGGACGGACGAAGUGCUUCGAGGAAGGCGAGAAGGAUUUCGAUUUCCAUGCGGCGGCGCAGCAAGAUCAAGAUCAAGAUUUCCACAAAAACUCCUACAAAAAAAAAUUGAAAAAACUCGACUUUUACAAAAUCUCAUACCAUCUGGUCUUUCCCCAAAUUCUCGUGGACCGGCCGACCAAUUGCCUUUUGGACGAUGACGAGGAUGAAACCACGACUGGUGGUGCUGACCAUCAACGACGAGGACGAUAUCAGCCCAGGAAAAAGAACACUUUGUCCCUCCACGAAGCGGCGCAUCACCGCAUUAAGGAUUUUUUUUUCGAACAAGAAGACCGCGGCAACAAAGACUUGCUAUGGUUCCGCGACUUUUUGACCAAGCACCUGACGCACGGGACAAUUGCCGAGAAGAACGAGGCAAUACAACUCCUGCAGAAGAAAAAUCAGGACGGUGAUAAUUAUCUUCACGAACAAGAUGGUGGUCGUCCUCACGAUGAACAUCAAGAUGAAGAUGAGGACGAAGAGCCUUCCUGUGUAAACGACUGGACGGAGAUUUUCGACGACAAUCCGCUGUGGCAUGAGAAGUUCCCGUCCGCGACUGGCAUGCGACUCCUGAACACCGCGAAGCGGCCGGAUGAGAGCACCUCCAGGGGAGACGAUGAAGUAGAUGCAGCCGAGGAAGAUGACGAUGAACCAAGACAACCUGAAACUUCUUCUACCAGCAGCUUUGCAGGCCCUUGUUCGUCUUCUCAAGAAGACGAAUGGCGUCAAAAUGACUUCCGGGCCGCCGCGACAAAUAAGUUUUCCGACUUGCGCCGCGUGAAAAAGCCCGGAUUCCGUUUUUCGGUGAACGGAUGCGGAGAUUUGGUGGUUUUACGGACGAGCAAGAGCUGCACUUGGAAGCGUGCUUUCGACCCCAGCUGCGCCGACGAUAUGCAUUGCAAAAGUAUCGUACUCGUAUAA